AUGGCCGGUCUGAGCAGAAAUAACAAAAUCCUGCAGGAACUGGUGCUGCAGCCAGGGAACAACACGUGUGCUGACUGUGCAGCUCCUGAACCUGACUGGGCCUCAUACAUACUCGGUGUCUUCGUGUGCCUGAACUGCUCAGGCUUGCACCGUAAUCUACCCGCUGUCAGCAAGAUCAAAUCCAUACGACUGGAUUACUGGGAAGACUCAUUAGUUCAGUUCAUGGCAGAGAGGGGAAACUGUGCAGCCAAAGCCACUUUUGAGAAGUAUGUCCCAGCUUCUUUCUACAGGCCGCAACAGAAAGACUGUGUUGUUCUUAGGGAUCAGUGGAUACGUGCAAAGUAUGAAAGAAGGGAAUUCACAAACAGCUCCUGUCUGCAAACCUACUCCUCAGAAUUGUUCGAGUCAGUCCUGUGGAAGAAAGGCAGAGACAACAAACAGUUCCUGAAGAGGAUCUUUCUGCUGUCACAGAAGGAUUUCACCCUCAGAUACUUCAUCAAGGAGGAUUCCAAGGCUCCCAAAGCCGUCAUCAGCAUGAAGGACCUGAACGCAGAGUUCCAGCCGGAGAAGAUCGGCCAUGCUCACGGGCUGCAGAUUUCCUUUAAAGAGGACGAACACACACGGAACCUGUUUGUUUAUCACGAGGACGGACAGGCAAUUGUGUCAUUUUUCAAUGCUGUUCGGGCCACCCGCUUGGCAUACCUCCUGAAGAAACACCCUGCUCUUCAAAGUAAUGAAUUAAUACCUCAGUUAACAACAUCCUGUCUGAAGGAGGGUUACAUGGAGAAGACGGGCCCAACGCAACGUGAGCCAUUUAAGAAGAGGUGGUUCACACUGUGCUCGAUGAACAGAAAGCUUCUGUAUUUUAAAUCUCCACUGGAUGCUACAGAUCUGGGCUCGGUCUUCAUCGGUUCAGAGAAUCACGGUUACUUGGUGUCAGAGAGCUGCAGUCGGAGCACGAGGUCAGGACGGUGGCACUGCGGGAUCACCCUGGAGACUCCGGGCAGGCAGUUUGUGUUCAUGUGUGAACAGGAGGAGGAGAGGAGGGAGUGGAUGGAGGCCUUCAGAGCCGUCAUCUCCCAGCCCAUGACUCCAGAGGACUAUGCUAAUGAAGCUGCUUUGAGACGAGGAAAAUGA